GUGUACCUUCUUUACGUAGUUUUGGUAAGCCAUACAAUCUUGGUGGUCUAGCAGCAGAGAGAUUUAAGGAAAACCGCUCGGUUGGUUAGAUUAAAGAUCUCGAAUCGGUGAUGAUAUUGUUGGUUUUCGUAACGAGGCGGUUGGUGGGAUCGCUUUUAAUUUUGGUAUAGCUACCAUAAUUAAGUAGGCCCUGAAUUCUGUUAUUGUAUAUGGUUUUGUCGAUGAUGACUGUGGCAUUGCCCUUGUCGGCUGAGAGGAUGACGAUGUUGUCUCUCCUUUUUUUGAUGUAUUAAUAUUUAACAACCAACCUCUACACAUUGUCUCCUCAAAGCUUGCAAAAACACUUUUACAUAAUGUCCUAAAUGAAAUGUUCUCUUAAAUGUACAGCUGAGGUAAUUUUUUAUCUGAUGGUAAAUAUGGCACAAAUUAUGGUUGAAAAUAAUAAUGCUCUUGUAAUAAUUAUUGCAGGAGCAUCUGAGCUGUAACAUAGUUCCAAUUAUUAACUCCCCUAUGUUUUUUUCAGAUUCUACAUGUUCUUUUCUGCAUAACGUCCGACGUUUCACUCCACGUGCUGGGAGCUUCUUCAGGAACUAAAUAAUUAAUUCAUGAAGAAGCUCCCAGCACAUUAAAUAACUACACAGCAUAGCCUACAGUAGUAGUGAAAUUCAUUGUCUAAAGUGAUUGUGUAAGUUAUUGUAUAAAGCACCGAUCCUUCGCUCUAUUUGAACCGCAUUCUCCCCUACGAGACACCACAUCAUCCCCGCUGCCGGGUUGGGUACACGCUCUCAGCAGGGCGUUAAUAAAUUACCAGGCGCACGCCGCUCCACGUGUUGGCAGUCGGCGAGGCUACGCGAUCACAUCCCCAGCGCAGUAACUAUACACUUGGAAAAUUCGGUGGCCUUCAUUGUCCAGCUUCAGUUUCCUUACACGAGCAUCGAUUUACGUCCGAGACACAAGCAGCUGCUGAGACGCUCCAAUUGUUCGUCUGAUGGUUUUUAACGUCGGUUGAGUGAUUUUGUUCAGGAGCUUCGUUCAUCACGGGCGAACUCGCCAUUCCGGCGUAAUGUUGUGAAUUCGUCCGCUUUUGUUUCUCCCACAAGACAACACCGUCAUGAAACUUAAAGGACUGCAUCAGCGGUGAAAUGGGGCCUUCCAUACAAUUUCCCUCCACCCCCACCCAUUUUCGUAGUUCAGUGCCGAGGCCCCACCAGGCCGUCGGCCUUGGAACCGCUGCACCACCUGCACACUCGACUGCACUGUCAGUGGUGCCAAAAACACUGGCUGACAACACCCUUCUCUUGUCAUGAACAAACCUUGCCUUCAUAUGUUAACAUGCGUGUCUGCUCAAGGCAUUUUUCUGUGGCUUCCUGCUACGCAAAUUGUGAUAUUGUUUGAAGGUUAACUUUUGAAAUGUAUGCAGUUUUUAUUACAUAUGGCCUACAAACAGAUGUCAGGACAACUGUGAAUUCUUGAACUAAGCAGAACUUUGUUUGUUACCCCCUCGUGUGCAUGGGGUUUCUCCAGUACUCCAGUUCGUUCCUUCUCACAUGCAAAAUGAUCAAUAACGGAUUUGACCAAACCGACUCAGUGAGGCUUUCCUGGGUAAGUGAAGGGCACAAUCAAUUUGCAGAAUAUUAUUAUUUAUGCACCAACUAAUUAAAAAUUAAAGUAGAGUAAUGCGUGCUAUUUUCAGCCUGAACGGGACUGCGUGCUUUUUAAAAUUAUUCAUGGAAUGGGGUAAGUUUUUUGAGGAAGCCUUUCCGUGGUCUGACUUGGAACCCAAACAGCAAUGACAUCAAAACAGAAUAUAGUUGUUUUGGAGAAUUCAUGAAAUCAUAAACACUCUUUACGUUAAAAGACGAAGUACAAAGCAAGAUGUUAACCAAGCAUUGUUUGACAGGAUGGUAAUGCGUGUUGCACAAUUUUACAAUUGACAUAAAUGUCAAGGACGUGUGAGUGUGGCAGCCCAGGCUGGGGACAGCGUGAAGGUGGACAAUGGCGUAACUCUCUCGGAAGUGUUUUCAGGUUGGCACGGUGUCCGAUGUUUCGCUUCGCGUCCAGGAGCUUCUUCAGGAACUAAAUUCAAUGGAGCGAAACUGAAAAUUAAGUUCCUGAAUUUAACUUGUGGAGCCAAACGUCGGACAUCAUUCCGAACAACAGGCAGGAGAGCUUACACAGCACAGGCGCGCAAGCCUACGCAGUGGUAUGCACAAGGGUGGUCAGAAUAGGGAUUCAUGAGCGCACAGCCUGCAUGCAAAUGUGGUUGCGUGUUCCUUUGCGGGGCACCCUCUGAAAUUUGUUUUCCGUGUUGCGCACGGCAGAGUUCUGUUUCACAAAGCACUCAUUUGCAUGCCUGUGCUUGCCCCCCCAAUUAGGAGAUCCCGUCCGACCACAGUGCCUAAUUGGCUGGCCCGUGCCCAAGUAAUAAAAGCUUUAUUGUCAUGGCAAACAGGAAUUGGCAGCUAUCAGCCACGGCUUGUGGGGAAGAAGAGAGGGCACUUACUCUAAGCAGCUAGUAGAUAUGCUACCAGAUUAAAGUGAUUUAUUUGGUGUGCUUCUGGACACCAUUUUACUGAUAACAUUUAAAUUGGAAGCUCGAACGUAGAGCCAUCACGUCUAAAAAACGAAUUGGAAGGACAUUUUAAUAAAAGUGUGUUCUGUGAUUUGUCAUGUGAUUCUACCUUUCUUUUUUUAAUCACAGUAUUAUAAUAGACUAAGAUUUUUAUUUUAUUACGGGGCUUUAAUAGAUGGUCAAACACCCUAUGAUGAGAUUAUAACAUGGAAAAUGCUGCUACCAUUGCUGAGCGAGGAAAGGGCCCAUGGAAGACUGAAACGAUUUGCCAAGAGGAGAUUGAAGAGAGUGUGACGUUAGAGCAUUUGGAAAAGCUGAAGACUGCCUUUGAGGAGGAAAACCACGCGGGUGCGGCCAGAGGGGCUCUCGGUUUGGAGGGCUUCACGACGGCCCUCAAGGGCGCCCUGGGGCCCCGAGGCACGAAUGAGGAACAGAUUUUGGAACUCUUCAAGAAAAUUGACUUUGCAGCUGAUGGAGCCAUUGAGUGGGAGGCGUUCUGCACCCACAUGCAGCUGCGGUGCGCCGAGCGGCAGGAGGCGGCGCAGCGUGCGCGGCGCGUGUCGCUGCGCGUGCCCGCGCCGUGCCGGCCCAGCCCGCACCGCGCCCCCGUGGCGCGCGUGGAGAGCGCUCCGGACGGGGCCGCGGGCUUCGUGUCCGCCUGCGGCGCCGGCUCCGUCGCCUUCUGGGCGGCCGCGGCGGGCGCCCCGCAGCUCAGGCGCUGCCGGCCCACGCUGGAGGAACACAAACCGAGCAACCGAAGCAAACAGAAAUGGGCCUCGGACUUCGCACUGAUGCCCCAGUACAACAAGUUCAUUGUCGCCACUGGGGACCGUGAGAUUCAGCUGUACGAGGUGUCCACCUUCGAGCCCUACUGCCAGAUCAAUGCCUUGGAGACGGUCCCCCUACGCAUCCACUACAGUCACACGGGAGAAGACGAGUGCAUGAUUCUCUACGGAGAUUCAGAGGGCUGUGUGAAUAUCUUGUUAAUCUCAUCAGUGGGGGAGACACUAAGGCUUUGGAAGAAGAAUCCUCCAGUGGAUGGGGUGCCCAGUAUCACCCUGGAGAAUGCCCUCCACCACUCCAACCUCACCUACAUCCACUGGAAAGUGCACGACGACUGGGUGACAGAGAUUAAGUAUUAUGAGUCCAUCCGGGCAGUGAUAUCCUCCUCAAACCACGAAGGCACUGCACUUGUCAUUGGGUGCACGACGGGCGCCACCAACCUGGAGGAGGAGCUCAUCAGGGACACGGCCGGGAACCUCCGCGCCAGGCGGCCGUGCGGCCUGGGAGCGGCACGACGCAGAACGGCCACCGACCAGACGGUGUUCCGCGUGCACAAGGGCGUCAAGACGUUCUGCUUCAGCAAGGAGAGGAGCUUGGUGGUGACGGGCGGCAUGGACCGCACCGUGCGCCUCUGGAACCCUUACGUGCCCGGGAGGCCCACGGGUGUAUUGAGGGGUCACACGUCGCCCAUCUGCUACCUGUCCAUCUGUGAGGAGACGUCCCGCAUCUUCUCGGUCGGCUCGGACAGGAACGUCAAAGUGUGGGACGCCCAGGAGCAGACUUGUCUGUGCUCCGUGAGCCCCAAGAUGAGCGGCCUGCGAGGGGAGGUCUCCGCGUGCCACUACUUGCCCGCCGCCCGGGCCCUGUGUGUCGCCACCGAGGGUGGCGUGGCUCUUCUGUCCGUCCGCGACGGGCUGCACAUGGACGCCGGGGCGGCCACAAGUCACAGGGAGCCCGUGCGCUGCUGUCGGUACAGCGCUGAGUUCCGCCAAGUCGUGAGCUGCUCCGAGGACUCGGUGGUGAAGCUGUGGGACUUGGACUCGGGCCUCCCCACGUUCGAGUUCUGCGGGGCGCACGGGGAGUCGGCCAUCACCUGCAUGGCCUUCGACUCGAGCGGCAGGAGGCUGAUUACAGGCGGACGAGAUGGGUGUUUGAAAGUGUGGAACUACAACAACGGGCAGUGUUUGCGAACACUAAGGAAACAAAGGAAUGCUGAAGAGAUCUGUGACUGUACGUACGUAGUGGUCAAUAAAAACAAAUAUAUUAUUUCAGUCGGAUGGGACAAGAGAAUAAAUAUUUUUUUGGAUUCCCAAGAGGACCAACAGCUGAUUCAGUUUCCACAACCGCACUGGGCGGAUGAUUUGAGAAAGGGCCACCGGGAGGAUGUGUUGUGCGUGGCCCAGUGCCCGCCCAGCCUCCUCGCCACGUCCAGCUACGACGGGGAGGUGAUCGUGUGGAACCUGGUGUCGGGUCACGUGAGCUGUCGCCUACCUCCACCGCCGGCUCAGCACUCCGCCGACCCUGCAGAGGAUGACGAUCUCAGUGUCUCCAAGGUCAUCUUCCUGAAGAGCCGUGUCGCCCACAAGGACCGGGCUGCUCUGCUCGUUGCGAGCGGGCCACGCGGUUUCAUUCAUUUCUGGAACGUUUAUCACGGAGGACGGCUGUUCGCCAGGUUUCCUGCCGGUCGGCAGGGCAGGCCCGUGUGCUGCCUGGCCUCGGCUCUAGGAGACAGCGUGCUGCUGGCGGCAGACCAGACGGGCCACGUGUACGCGUGGGACGUGAGCUCGUACGCCAUGCAGGGCCCCGAGGAAGAGCCUCCCCAGUUGGUGAGUUUAUGGAGAGCCCAUGUGAGCGCAAUCACAAGCAUGGAUGUCAUAGAGGAGCACAAGCUGCUGCUCACAGCUGCGUUGGACUGCUCAGUGAGGCUGUGGAGUGUGGACGGAGCCUUUGUUGGCACCUUCGGGCAGGACACCCUGUGGGACAUCCACAACCGUGCCACGUGGAGCCACCCCAUGGGCCCGCUCGAGAUCUUGGUGGACCCCCUCGAUCCACUCGCGUCCGACCGCAACGAGCCCAGCGGUCCAAGGGCUCACGGGCCGGAGCGGAUCAAUCGGAGAGAGCGCUCGGUCGAGCGGCCGGCCAAUCGCAACGGCCCAGAGGAGGGGGAGGCGGAGCGCCGAGACCACGUGGUGCAGAGCGAGCUGACCAGAAGUAGCAACGCCGCAGAGACCAACGAGCUGGCACCGGAGAAGUUUUGGAGCAAGAGGUUGCACCACAGCAGAGUGAGCAGGCAGGGAAAGGCGGAGGGUGCCAGGGGACCAGGCCCGUUUGGAAGCCUCGCCUGUCACCAGCUGGACGACACCCCUGCUCCUCCACCGCAAGGGAAACAUAUCCCCAUCAGCACUCGCCAAAAGUUUUGACUUCUCUCAUUAGGAGCCACACCUUGCCAGCGUGGCAUUCAUUGUCUUUUCCCACCCUCUAAAUUGUGCAUAGGUUGGUUCGUUUUCUUUGAACAAAGGCAUACUUUGCUUACUCAAACUUCAUAUUCUUAGCUCUUUCGGUAAAGUCACGUUGAAGGGAAAC